GCUCCUCCAACAUGGCGGACUUUGAUACCAUUUACGAGUUGGAAGACGACGACGAAGACGAGCGCGUCGUCAUCGAGGAGCACUUGUCCAGAUACUGCCCGGAACCAGUUGUGCUGCGCGGCGCCGGACACAUUACGUUGUUUGGCCUUAGCAACCGCUUUGACACGGAGUUCCCUUCCAUUUUGACGGGAAAGGUGGCGCCCGAGGAGUUCCGCACCAGCGUGGGCCGCGUCAACGCCUGCCUGAGGAAGAACGUGCCCGUCAACGUCAAGUGGCUGCUGUGUGGGUGUCUAUGUUGCUGCUGCACGGCCGGGUGCAGCUUGUGGCCUGUCGUUUGCCUCAACAAGAGGACAAGAAGAUCUAUUCACAAGCUACUGGAAUGGGAGAACAACAGAUUGUACCACAAGCUGGGCCUGCACUGGAAGCUAAGCAAAAGAAAAUGUGAGAGCAGCAACAUGAUGGAAUAUGUGAUUCUUAUAGAACUCUUACCCAAGUAUCCCAUACUACGACCGGACUGAGGCCACAGGCCGCAUCCCCGUUUUCCUCUUCAGUGCCUUGUCGGAAUGAAAAAAAUUCAACGACGACCCUUGACCCCCGAGCAGCUGUAUGUGGAACUUUUGCCACACUGUCACUUUGCUUUUGAGCGCAUUUUGCACAGCCAAAAAGACAUGAAGCCCCUCCCUGUUGCACUCCCGUUUCAUAUUGGGGGAGGGUUUACUCGUGAAAGUGCAUUUACACCCCCCAGCGGAGGAUGUUACAGCCUUAAUUUUUUUUUUUUUUGGUAAAUUGAAGGUUUAUUCAACGCUUCGCUGGUUUUAGUUGUUUCAAUCCACGUUUAAGCAAGUUAGUUUCCCUCUGGAAAACAUACUGUUAACAUCAAAUGUCUUGUUUACAUAUACUGUAAGCUGUUUGUUAGUUGUUGUUGCCAAUUUUUCUAGUUUGUAUGGACCUGUUUACCUUGUAAGCCAUAUACAGUAUAGAGUUUAAUAUACGCCAGUGUUGAAGCGGUCAUGUUUGCCAACAAGGAAGUUAAGAACCUUGUCUCAUUUUUUUGUUAAGUUCACAGGUGUCAAACUCAAAGCGAGGGGACAUUUCCAUAAAAGCCAAUUGAUUUGUUUUCAUUAAUGCAGAAACCUUUCCGAAUAUUGAGAAUUUCUCUGAAACUGUCAUUUAUUUUCACCAAAUUCCUUCUUAUAGCAAACUGGACAAUAGAUGUAAACAAAGUGUACUCAGUGACAUCUGGUUUUAAAUUCAAUCUCCUUGACUCUUUCGGUGCCAUUAAUGAAGGAUGUCCAAUCAUGCGACUUCUUUCACCCUCUUGCUCUAAAUUAAAAUCAGUUUGUCAUUAGAAGAUGUCAAAUUCAUUUAAACUAGGAGAGCUUUCAGCUAAUUUUCAUUCGCUGCCAAGUCUCCCAGUUCAAAUGGAUUGGAUGUCUACUGCCGUAAAUGCCAGCCAAAGAGUUAAAAGUGGGUUUGACACCUAAUUAUUUCAAAACCUUUGUACUUUCAUUCCCCAUAACUAGAGUGCCUCUCCUGUAGUUGAGCUACAGGCCUACAGGCUGAAAUUUUGUCAUGUUACCAUUUCUUCUCACAGUCUGACGACAUGACCCAAACACAACCCCAGUACACACAAAAAAAGCAAAUAAAAUAUCUUUGGACUUUUCAUUGGUUGUCAAUUCUCUGUGCUUUACAAAACCUUACUGCUGGCGCACCUGGACCAAAUCUUGUUAGGCUAAUCGCGGCGAAGCAAUCGUUAACUUUAACAAGACGGCUCGCGGCGUAAAAGUUAAGUACUAGUAGCGUGACUGGUCGCCGGACCUCAGUCAGUGAAGCAGUUGAUCCACAGUCACUUUUACGGCCCUUUGUCUGAUUGUCUUUGCGUCGUCUGGCCUGCGCGACAACCCCCGUCCGUCAGCAAGCGUCAAGAUAAGAAAGUGAAA